CGAGAUGCGAAGGUUGGGUUUGAGUUUGUAAUAAAUAGAACGUCCGUGCCUUAUUUUCUGGGGGAAAGCAAGUCAGUCUGGAGGGAAGCGCGCUCGUGGUGAGAGGACCUAGGAUGAACAACAAUCCUUCUUGGAAGGCAGCAGAAGUAGCAUCCAACACUCUACCCAUUCACGUCAACCGAUUCAGUCGUUAUUUCCCUGUUCGAUUUGUCCAUUUAAAGUGUAAUUUUGACGUAUCUUGGCCUAUCUUUGGCUUCAGUAACAAGUUGCAUUCAAAAAGCAUUAUGGCACCUCGCAACCUGCAACGAGUGGACGCAACUAAUGGCGAUUUUCGUCGAAGCAAUUCCGACGAUUCGACCGAUUGCACCAGCGAAGGAGGUAAAGGUCUGACUGAUUUCAACUGGCAAAAAGCGAUGAUUCAGAGUCGCAUCAUGGAGAAAGUUCAAGACGUUGGUGAGCGUAUCAGUUCACAAUCUUGGCUGGAGCAGAUGCGUAUGCUGGCUAAAGAAAGAUCUUUGACAUCGGUUUUCUUCUUGAGUCUUAUCGGCCUCGUUUCUCUCCCCAUUUUGGUUUGCGUCUUAGCGUCGGCGUUUACAUUCCUCGGAUUCGUUUUCGUUGAAGAAAUUAUCUGUCUGUUUGAUGUAGAUGGAACCUUAACUAUGCAUAGAAAUAAAAUUAUUCCCACAACAGAAGAGUUUCUGUUGACCAAAGUGAAACCAGUGGCAACUAUAGGUCUGGUGGGUGGAUCAGAUUUGAAAAAGAUUGCAGAGCAAAUGGGUGGUGCAGAUGUUAUCAACAAGUUUGAGUAUGUCUUUGCUGAAAAUGGUCUAGUCGCCUACAAAAAUGGGCAUAUGAUUGGAAAGAUGAGCAUCCAAGAACAUGUUGGAGAAGAAAAGCUACAAAAGUUUAUAAACUAUGCAUUGGGUUACAUGUCGAAAUUGACCCUGCCAGUCAAAAGGGGAACUUUCAUUGAAUUUCGUGAUGGGCUUGUUAAUGUUUGCCCAGUAGGAAGAAGUUGUUCACAAGCUGAAAGGGAUCAGUUUGCCGAGUACGAUAAAGAACACCGUAUUAGAGAAAAUUUUGUAAAAGAAUUGCAAGCCCAAUUUCCGGAUUUGGGUCUAGUUUUCAGCAUUGGUGGCCAAAUUAGUAUUGACGUAUUUCCGAAAGGUUGGGACAAAACAUUUGCUCUUUCAUUCGUUGAAAAAGACGGUUUUAAAGAAAUUCAUUUCUUUGGCGAUAAAACUGCACCUGGAGGGAACGAUCACGAAAUUUAUGAAGAUUCUCGUACAAUCGGUCAUAAAGUCACAUCUCCAGAAGACACCAUUGCACAGCUGAAAACGCUUCUACAUUUGUGAUUUAACAGUUGUAUCUUGCAAUUUUUAUUGCUUUAGGUUUUCCUAUUGGUUAAUUUAGAAUUUGAAAUUUCCAGUGCAAUACUGUACCAUCUCAUAAAGAACAUGGGUAAUGGGCAAUGGGCUAUUUAAAUUCUCAAAUAACAUGUCUAGUUACAUUUUUUUGCUUGGAAAACAGCAAUAAUAAAGGAAUUCAAUGAAAAGA